GAGUGGGUGGGUUGAGGGACAGAAGCGCUUGUGAAGAUGAAGGGACUGUCCGUGUGUUGCCGGGACGCGAUCAAAGUGGGCGAGCUGGAGAAGCGCAGCGAGAGCCUGCUGCAGCUGUGGAAGAGGAAGCAUUGCACACUGACCCGGGAGAGCCUGGUGCUGGAGGACAGGGGCAGCGGCAGCGGCAGCGGCAGGGGCAGCAAGGCGGGGAGCGGCCGGCACAAGGAGCUGGGCUUCGCCACCAUCCUCAAGCUGGAGUGUGUGGAGCGCAAGGGAGCCCGCGUCUACUUCACCAUCGUCACCACCGACCGGCGGGAGAUCGACUUCAGGUGCCGGGACGACAGCUCGUGGAACGCCGCCAUCACCGUGGCCCUGGUGGCGUUCAAGAACGAGCAGGCGGUGCGGGAGUCCCACGCCCGCAAACCCGCCAAGAGGUGGCGAGGGUGGGCGGCGUGAGGCUACAAGCUGAACUGAUUAUCAAAGCAACGCUGGUGUUGGGACCAAUUGUGAAUGUUUUUGGCUCCGUGUUUCAAAGUAGCAGAACCCCAGAGGGUCCCAACUUGGACACCCCCCGCCUCCCGCAACCCGACCACUAACCCAACGCCCAACGUGACAACAAGUUGGAGGCUCUCCGCUCAGCAUGGAAGGAAUUGGGAAGACCGACUGGCCCUCCACAAUGUCACCAGGAAGAAGACUUGCUUAAGAAGGAACUGCAGAUGCUGGGAAAUCGAGGGUAGACAGAAAUGCUGGAGAAACUCAGCGGGUGAGGCAGCAUCUAUGGAGCGAAGGAAAUUUCGGACCCGACCCAUAGAUGCUGCCUCACCCGCUGAGUUUCUCCAGCAUUUUUGUCUACCACCAGAAAGAAGAAAGUGAGUUGACUUCAGCCAGGUGAACGUUAGAUGUGAAAAUGCCUUGUUUUCCCCCUCGUCUCCAUCGGAACAGGACUGGGCCAAUAUCCAUGAUGGAAUCAGCCAUCCGAGAUUUACUAAACAAUCUCCAUGAACUAAAUCCCAGGGAGCAGCAGUGAACUUGGCCGCAAGGAAAUAUAUUUCAACCCCCUUGUUCUUUGAACAAUUUGUGACAAGGGGUAAUAGGUGUGGGAUGGCUGAUGAAGCGGUCAAGAGUUGACCUGUCGUUUUUGUAUUGGCAUUCCCGUCGGGGCGUGGCAAGGGAUGGCACGGGGAGGGGGGGAGUUUAGGGCCUGGGGCACAAGAGAACAGAUGACAAAAGCCCCAGGAAUAUCCCCGACCAAAGUCUGAAUUGAGGAUCAACUAGGGACCCUGGAGGCUCUGAGAGAUUGAUUCAGAAUCCUUGGAUAAUAGAAACAUGGAAAAUAGGUGCAGGAGGAGGCCAUUCAGCCCUUCGAAUGGGCCGAAUUCGAAUGUAGGAAAUUAAUCUCUUGGAGACCUUAGGGUGCUGCGGUCGAGAUCCUGACCACGGGUGCUGUCUGUACGGAGUUUGUGCGUUCACCCUGCCACCAGCGUGGGUUUUCUCCGGGUGCUCCGGUUUCCUCCCACACUCCAAAGGCGUGCAGGUUUGCAGGUGAAUUGGCUUCAGUAAAAUGGUAAAUUGUCCCUAGAUGGAGAUAGUAUGCGGGGUUGGCGCGGACUCCAAAGGGCCUGUUUCUGCGCUCUAUCUCUAAACCUUGAUUGUAAACCAGUGGGAAGGCAUGUGAGGAGCAGGCAUUUGGACAUCUGAGCUGCAGUGUCGAGUUGGCAUGGAUCGACACACAUGCCAUCGAGUGGAAUGCUCGGCCUUUGUCAAUGAGUGCUUGCAGAUUGAGAGCUUUGUGCCCGGCCAGUGGGAAAUAUUCGUCAGUGGCUAAAUCAGUCACUGGUGCGGGUGCAAUGAUGAGUCUGAACGGCUCAAGAUCAUGUUUAGUUUAGAGAUACAGCGCGGAAACAGGCCCUUCGGCCCACCGAGUCUGUGCAGACCAGCGAUCCCCGCACAUUAACGCUAUACUACACACAACGUUAAUUCCCGGGAUGGCGGGACUGUCGUAUGCUGAGAGAAUGGAGCAGCUGGGCUUGUACACUCUGGAGUUUAGAAGGAUGAGAGGGAAUCUCAUUGAAACAUAUAAGAUUGUUAAGGGCUUGGACACGCUAGAGGCAGGAAACAUGUUUCCCGAUGUUGGGGGAGUCCAGAACCAGGGGCCACACACAGUUUAAGAAUAAAGAGUAAACCAUUUAGAACGGAGACGAGGAAACACUUUUUCUCACAGAGAGUUGUGAGUCUGUGGAAUUCUCUGCCUCACAGAGGGCGGUGGAGGCGGGUUCUCUGGAUGCUUUCAAGAGAGAGCUAGAUAGGGGUCUUAAAAAUAGCGGAGUCAUGGGAUAUGGGGAGAAGGCAGGAACGGGGUACUGAUUGGGGAUGAUCAGCCAUGAUCACAUUGAAUGGCGGUGCUGGCUCGAAGGGCCGAAUGGCCUACUCCUGCACCUAUUGUCUAUUGUCAUUAGGGACUCUUUACAUUUAUAACAAAACCAAUUUACUGUACCUACAAACCCGUGCGGGAGGAAACCGGAGAUCUUGGUGAAAACCCACGCGGAGAUAUAAACCGGGAGAACAUGCAAACUCCACAAAGACAGCACCCGCAGUCAGGAUCGAACCCGGGUCCCUGGUGCUGUGAGGCAGCAACUCUACCGCUGUGCCACCCACAAUUGUAAUAUUAUAAUAUUGAAUUCUGCAUUGCAACUUUUGGCUUUUCAGCCCAUCUAACCUGCAAAAUGUUUCGGCAGCUCCCAGGCCUCUCUCACCAGCUCCUCAUCUCACAUGGAGUGGGCCCACCAAGUAUGUGGCAGCCCAUUGCUGCAGAUGGUAGCCAGGUUGGCACGUCACCGCCGUGUGGACCUUCCUCUUUGCUUCAACAUAUUUAUUGUGUGCCUGCAAACCGUUAAUAAACAUAAAUUGAUUGUCA